AUGGAUGUCGCCACCAAGACCAUCGCCACUGCCUUCAUUGACAUCUGGGUGGCACACUCCGACUGCCCCAGUCAUGUCACAAUGAAUCGUGGCUGCCAGUUUGACUGUGCACUGUUCAUACAAGUCACACAAUUCUGUGACAUGCAGUUACACAGAACUACAAGCUACCACCUGGUGUAUAACAGCACAAUUGAGCAGCUCCAUCAAACACUAAAAUCCACACUAACUUGCCACAAUUCCACCUGGAUGGAAGCUCUCCUACUGGUAGUGCUUGGCCUUACAGCCACCACUCUGGCCGUCACACUCAGGUCCACACUGCAUAUCACCCACUGCAAGAAAACAGUUCACAGCAAGAACAAAUGCAAAUCAACCAAAGUGUCAAAAGAACAGAUCACGCUGGCUUGCAUCUCGACCACUCCCCCCCGCGUUCACUUCAUUGACCCAGCAGAAGACCUGUUAAUGGAUGAUGCUUCCUCUACCACCAAUCAGACAGAGCCUGCACCUGUGACUGCAAAUGACUCACGCAUGCCACCAGCGGUCAUCAUGCCUCCACAUACACCACAGCCCCACCCCACCUUGACCAGCCAGCUGGCUCAGCUGCCCAAGCCACACUCACCACAAGCACCCGGGCCAACCCCACCAAGCUGCCAGCAGACUACAUCACACGCUGCAACCACUGUGUCCAAUUAA